GAAGACAUACUAUUAUCUUCUCUCAAAAAAGGAUAUGAAAAUUAAUUGUAGAAGAAAUAGCAGUUGUUGGUAAGAGACUAAAGUGUGGAGCAAUGAGUAGUUUGGCUUGUCCAUGGCUUUGUGGAGCCUAUGCCUAUCCUUCUAAAUUCUGCAAUUUCCCAUCUUCCAAAGACACUACUACCACUAUCAUAUAUUGUAGUAAUUCUCAAUUUACACCUCCAGGACCCGGCCCGGGAUUAUCACAAAAUGAUCUCAAAUUUGUCCUUCAUGAUGCUCUUGAUGCGUUUGGUGUCAAUACUACCCAUGCCCGUAUAGCAAGAGAAGGUUUCUGCUCUCAAAUUCGGAAAUUAUCAGAUAUUGAGAGAGAAACGAGUAUUUGCAUAAAUAGAGGGGUUGAUUUAGGAAAAGCUGCACUUCAUAUAGCAGCUGAGGAUGAUUCCCUUGUUUCACACUCCUCUGUUCCGCUACCUGUUGAUGAUUUUGUGGAGAGAUUGGAUCAUCUUUCGAUGGGAUAUUGCACACGUUAUAGCUCUUCGUUUACAUCCUCUCCAGAACACUUCAUUCACUGUUUAGAAAAGUACUUGUACGUUAAUAAGGGUUUCCGAAGGUCUGGUGCGACGAAUCAAUCAGAGCCGCGGGCUCUUUAUCUUCACUCAGUUUUAACACAUCGUUGUGGUUCUGCUUCACUACUUUCCCUUCUAUACUCAGAGAUAUUAAAGAUGCUGCGCUUGUGGGGCCUUUUAAGUUUUGAUAUUGAGGUUUUCUUCCCUCACGAUUCUUCGAGCUCCCCUCGAGGCUAUUGCAAACAAAAAACUAAAGAAUCUGAUCAAUCACAUGUCAUGACUGCACAAUCGUUGCUAGAGGAGAUGCUGAAAGAUUUGAAGGAUGCUUUCUGGCCAUUUCAGCUUGAUCAUACUAAGAGUCCUUUCCUGAGAGCAGCACGAGCUGCCAACUGUUUGGAAAGUACCAACGAUUCAGAAGAAAGUGCAUUCGAGCUUGCAUCUGUCAAGGCUGCUCUGCAUCGGCUAGAGCGUGGUGUUUGGACCAAUGUUCGUUUUGGGGACAUGAGACGUGCACUCUCUGCAUGUGAACAUCUUAUCCUCUUGCAAACUGAUCCUAAGGAAUUGAGAGAUUAUGGCGUUCUACUCUACCAUUGUGGAUUUUAUAAGGAAGCACUCCAGUACCUUACGUUAUACAAGGACCGAAAGGAAUCGUCUGGUUUGAUAGAUAAUAUGGAGGAAGAAGCAGCUAUGGAGAAAUUAAUGAUUCGCCUUAACCUCAUCUUGAUGGAGGAAGGUUGGUCUCUCCCCACAGAAAACAAAGGUUUCCUGCGCAACAACUCCGAGCCCUGGUAAUGCUUGUAACGUUUCGUGCGAUAAGCAGGUUUGGUUGUAUUUGAAGUAUGGACAAGCUUGUGGAAUCUGUCCCUCCGAAGGAUCUAAUUAGAAUAGAUCCUCUGUAGAAAUUUGUAUACAAAGGACUAAUGUAUCAAAGUAUAGGUUAAAUGUAACAAAAUAUUCAUAGCGUCGUGUAUAGGAAAAUACUAUAGUCCUUUAACCCAUAAAAAUAUUCUUCACUAUUGCUAAUUAACCAAUGGAAGAAUAGAAUGCCUCAUGGCAUAAUAUGUUUGUGAUGCCAAAAAUCAAGCAGAAACUGUAGUUGCUAAUAAGCUUCUCUAGUAAGUAGUAAGAACUUCUGGUUAAUUGUUCUGACUUCCGAGAAUAAAGGGAGUACACCAGAAUCCUUAUUUGUUA